AGUGCCUCUUCCCCUCCGCGACCCGACCCCCGGCGCCCGACAGGAGCCCCUGGGAGGAGUGGGCGUGGGGGCCCGGGGCCGGAGGGCGCCCGGGGAGUGCGGCACAGAGGGCCCCGGGAAGGGGCGUGGGGGGCGGCCCGCGAGCGCGGCCGGGCCGGCGUGGACUGACCACGAGGCCUGGAGGGUCCCAGCCGGGAGCAGAGCCUGCACCCUCCACCACCCGCCCUUCGGGAAAUGUCAUAACUGAGCCCUGAGGCAGGUGCAACGGGAAAUGCUGUUUGGAGUCUUGCUUGGCAUGGGGGAAACGGAGUCCGCGGCCCGGAAGCCGCGGUGUCAGCGGGUGGGAAGGGGAUCGGGUCUGCUGGUGGUCCAGGGGGGAUGGGUGGGCCUGCGCGGGCCGAGGUGGCCUCUGGCUGGGAACAUCUCAGCAGUGUCUGCACCUCUUGGCUCCAUUCCCCCUGGUGUACCAUGACUCCCGCAUCUCCUGGCUGCUUGUCGUUGCUUUGGAGUUGUCCUCAGGGCUGGGGCCAUCUGAGCGUGUAGGGUCCUGGCCAAGGAGGCGGGGAGGGGACGCGGCUUUGAGCAGGGGGUGGAGGCUGCUAAUGGUGUGGGGGAGCGUCCCCAGGGCUGUCACACCUUCCAGUGUGGCAUGGCGGAGCCUCGGGUUGUAAAUUCUACACCCAGCUCUGCUACUUGCUAGUUGUGACAUUUGGGGAAGCUGCUUUCUUUAUGUCUUUUCUCUUUUUUAGAAAGUUAGCACUCUAGUCCUUUCCUCCCCCAUAAAGAGAGUAAUAAUGGCAGUUAUUUCUCCUGGUUGCUUUGUGUCAAGCACUGAUGUUCCAUUCCAUUUUAUUUCAUUUCUCCCGAUGACUGUACACAGAAGGGAUCGUUAGCUCAGUUUCAAGAGGCAGGAAAGCUGGUUCUGAGAGAGGAUGUGUAAUUUAUUCAGGUCACACAGCUAACAGGUGGCUGAGCUGGGGUUCAUCCCAAGUCUAACUCCAAAAACCAUGGCCUUGGGCAUCACUAAACCAGCCUUUUGGGUACAUUCCCUGGGCAUCAAAAAGUAUCAGCAAUCCUAGGGCCCCAGAUCCUGCCCUGUGAUAACAGAAUUUAUGCUGUGGUCAGCAAAGACUUGCCUUCCCCCCCCCCCCCAUCUUCCUUUUUUUUGGUGCUGCUGCCCCUAGGCCUCAGCCUAAAGCCUUCCCCCAACCCAUCUGUACCCACUCCAAAUCUCCUUUACUCAAGUGCUUAGGUGAUGGGUUGAGCUUCCAUAUUGACAGCUGCUUUGAUCCACCCAUCCAUGUCUUGAAUGAACAAACUCUCACCUCAGAGUUGGACUUAGGGUACAUGAGGCAGGGUCUAUGUAAGCUUGGUGAUCCUCAUAUCCCACCAGUCCCUGGUGAGCUGGUAUAGUGAAUUGGGUUCUCUCAAGCCCUGGGGAUGGAGAUUGGGUACUAGAAAGCGUAGCAGACUGGACCCGGUGUUGUGAAGCUUGUGUGAGCUUUGGUUUUUCUCCUAUUAGAGCUUAUGACGUCUUCUCCCAGGGAAAGGUAAGAUGGUUAUGGAAGCCUCUGGGAUGGCACAUGGGAAGUGUGUGACAGGUAGUGGAGGAUCUGUUUUGGAGAAGGGCAGUGGUGACCUGGAGUUCUCUGUGAGGGAAGGUACUGCCCACUUCCCUUGCUCCUGGAUUGCUUGUCUGUGAGAGUGGUUGCAAAGGCAGCAGGAGCAAUCCUGUGGGGCAACCUUAGGGUGCAUGGGGUGUGCGGAUCUGGAAGAGGGAGAGGCAUUUGGGUUUUCUCCCCCAUCGUCCUCUGGGCAGUAGGAACCGCAUUAGGGGUCUCUGGUGUGGGGUGGGACACCCCGUCCCACCUCUGCAGUGACUCUGUGUAUGUGCCUCUUCUUCCUCCUGCAGCUGCUGCCGCUCACCCUGUGUCUUCUGGCCACUUCCCUCUUUGCUGCCCUUCCCCACAGGCUCUCCCUCUCCUCCUCCUGGGGCCCAUCAUGAAUGGUGCCCCUUCCCCUGAGGAUGGGGCCUCCCCCUCCCCACCCCCUCUGCCUCCACCCCCUCCCCCAAGUUGGCGGGAGUUCUGUGAGUCCCAUGCUCGGGCUGCUGCCCUGGAUUUUGCCCGGCGUUUCCGCCUCUACCUGGCCUCCCACCCACAGUAUGCGGGGCCCGGUGCAGAGGCUGCCUUCUCCCGCCGAUUCGCCGAGCUCUUCCUGCAGCACUUUGAAGCGGAGGUGGCCCGGGCCUCUGGCUCCCUCUCACCGCCUGUCCUGGCCCCCCUGAGCCCUGGCCUGGAAAGCCCACCACCCAACGACCUGUCCCUUGAGAGCUGCAGGGUGGGUGGGCCCCUGGCUGUGCUGGGCCCUUCUCGAUCAUCUGAGGACCUGGCCGGCCCCCUCCCUUCCUCGGUCUCUUCUUCUUCUUCAACCUCCUCCAAGCCCAAGCUUAAGAAACGCUUCUCCCUCCGCUCUGUGGGUCGCUCGGUUCGAGGCUCGGUCCGAGGCAUCUUACAGUGGCGGGGGACAGUGGAGCCUCCUUCCCCAGCUGGGCCCCUGGAGACCUCUUCCGGCACCCCAGUCCUGGGUGGAAACAGCAACUCCAACUCCUCUGGCGGGGCUGGGAACAUUGGCAGGGGACUGGUUAGUGAUGGCACGUCCCCUGGGGAGAGAUGGACUCACCGUUUUGAGAAGCUGAGACUCAGUCGAGGAGGGGCAGCCUUGAAGGACGGAGCCGGGAUGGUGCAGAGGGAAGAGCUCUUGAGUUUCAUGGGGGCUGAAGAGGCUGCUCCUGACCCUGCUGGAGUGGGGCGGGGUGGAGGGGCAUCUGGGCCUACCUCAGGAGGAGGAGGAGGGCAGCCUCAGUGGCAGAAGUGUCGCUUACUGCUUCGGAGUGAAGGAGAAGGAGGAGGAGGAAGUCGCCUGGAGUUCUUUGUACCACCCAAGGCGUCGCGGCCCCGACUCAGCAUUCCCUGCUCGACCAUCACCGAUGUCCGAACAACCACAGCCCUGGAGAUGCCUGACAGGGAGAACACGUUUGUGGUGAAGGUGGAAGGCCCCUCAGAGUAUAUCCUAGAGACGACUGAUGCUCUCCACGUGAAGGCCUGGGUGUCUGACAUCCAGGAGUGCCUGAGCCCAGGACCCUGCCCUGCUACCAGCCCACGUCCCAUGACCCUUCCUCUGGCCCCGGGGGCCUCCUUCCUCACAAGGGAGAACACAGAGAACUUGGAACUGCCCUGCCUGAAUCACUCAGAGAGUCUGCCUAGCCAGGACCUGCUGCUGGGACCCAGCGAAAGCAACGAGCGCCUGUCUCAGGGGGCGUAUGGGGGCCUCUCAGACCGGCCCUCUGCAUCCAUCUCACCCAGUUCUGCCUCCAUUGCCGCCUCCCAUUUUGACUCCAUGGAACUGCUUCCCCCAGAGUUGCCCCCUCGCAUGCCCAUUGAGGAGGGCCCCCCAGCAGGGACAGCUCAUCCUCUCUCAGCCCCCUACCCUCCCCUGGACACUCCAGAAGCAGCCACAGGGUCAUUCCUGUUCCAGGGGGAGCCGGAGGUGGGUGAGGGGGACCAGCCCCUCUCAGGGUACCCUUGGUUCCACGGGAUGCUCUCUCGACUGAAGGCGGCCCAGUUAGUGCUGGAAGGUGGUGCCAGCUCCCAUGGUGUCUUCCUGGUACGUCAGAGCGAGACAAGACGGGGAGAGUACGUCCUCACUUUCAACUUCCAGGGCAAGGCCAAGCACUUGCGCCUGUCACUCAACGAGGAGGGCCAGUGCCGGGUCCAGCACCUGUGGUUCCAGUCCAUUUUUGAUAUGCUGGAGCACUUCCGAGUGCACCCCAUCCCUCUUGAGUCUGGAGGCUCCAGCGACGUGGUCCUUGUCAGCUAUGUGCCCUCCCAGCGGCAGCAGGGUGAGCAGAGCAGGUCUGCCGGGGAGGAGGUGCCCGCGCACCCAGCAAGUGAGAACCGAGCACCUCCCAUGACCCACCCCAGGCCCCUGAACCCCCUCCAUGGACAGAUCCCCCACAUCCUGGGGCAGAAGAGGCGGCGGGGGCGCCAGAAGUGGCGGCAGCAGCAGCCACAGCAGCCAAAGAGAAGCAAGAGAAAGAGAAAGCGGGCAGUGGAGGGGGCCAGGAAGAGCUGGUCCCCCUGGCUGAGCUGGUCCCCAUGGUGGAAUUGGAAGAGGCCGUAGCACCUGGAGCCCAGUCCCAGGGUGGUGCUGGCUCCGGUGGGGACACGGCUGUGACCCUGAUAGUGCAGCUCCAGCAGUUACCACUAGGGGGCAACAGAGAAGAAGGGGGCCAUCCCAGAGCCAUUAAUAACCAGUACUCCUUCGUGUG